UUUAAAAUAUUCUGUUUACUGUGUGCAGGUGCAUGCAUGCAGGCACACAUUUGAACAAUUUGCUCUCUCAUGCAUAAUACUUUGAUACUUUUAACUUCUUUUCCAUAUGCCAAAUUCAUAUUUUUAUACAUUUUUUAGCCAACAAACAAAAAUUUUCAGCUACUGUUUGGUGCACUUUCUGGCCAUUUUUGGUUUCAUAACAUUGAAAUUGCCUGUAAAAGUCAUUUUUAUUGUCUGUUUUCUGUUUAAUUUACAGUUUUUAACAUUUUAUAUAAUGUUUUAUGCUUUGUUACAUAUUCACUGUAAAAGUUAAAAUUUUUGUAUCUUAAUAAGAGAUUUUAUAGGUUUUCUUUUUAGCUCUCUGGGAAUGGAAUACCCUCUUUGUAACAUGCAAAUGUACUGUUUGACUUUCAACAUUUGACCUCCACAAACUUGCUAAAAUUAUUGCCUUUCUAACAUUUUUGAUCUACUCUGAAGUUCUUCUUCAGGAAAUUAGAACAUAGUGGAAUGUUCAUUGAAUCUCCAAACAGGAAAAUUUAAUUUCAUAUCAAAUACAGUUUAAAUUGGCUGUCAUAUGCAUACCUCAUAAUGUAUGGAUAGGCAGCUCACAAAGCAUUGCCUGUUAUGAGGUGCCCAUUCUUUGUUGUUAAUACAAUUUCCUGCUCUUUGCCUUGAAAAUUUCAAAUGCCUCCAUCUCUCUAUGUUCCGCACAUAACAAUGUUUUUAAUAUAGAGGCUUGUUGAAAAAAUGGGACGAUCCCUACAUCUGAUGCAUUUUGAGGUUGAUGGAGUACUUACUGUUAAGUUCAUUCAGAACAAACUUUUAUCUGAAACAUUUUUUCUGAAAGAUUCAUUUAUUAGAAGUUAUGAAAUUUGAUGUUUUAUGUGGCUACUAAAGUACACAAGUGCAUAUCUGUGGAUAAAGGAAGAAAAUGCUUUAAAAAAUCAUUAGCAAACUAUUAUUAUUUGAUGUAAUCGAGAUCAGUGUCUUCUCUUCAUAACAAGCAUCGGUGCAAGUUUUUGUAUAAGUUCAUUAUUCGAAGAAAAAAAUAAUUUCAUCAAAUGUAGUGCCAUCUGUGAUGAAACUUAUGGUCCUCUUAACGUCUAACAAUUUUGUGAAAUUAAUUUUUCUGAUAUACCGUACGUUUCUAUAUUCAACGGUUGACUCAACAGUGAAUUUUCCGUUGAGUCCCUCCGUUGAACGAUCUGACGUCACGUUCUGUAGAAAAAAGAAACGCUUUCGUUGAGAGUAGUGUUGAGAGGUCGCUUUUCAAGAUGGCGUACUUAACUAACGAGAAGGUGGCGAUUAUGACUGUUUUAUUAAAUAGUAUUUCUGAGAGUAGAGGGGGUUACGAGAUGUUUUUUAAAUCUAAAAAAGAUAAUGAAGAUAUUCCAUUUCUGUAUGCUGCUGCAGUGGAAAAAUCGAAAAAAGCCAAAAUAGAAGGCUAUGUCGAAAAUAUCGUUCCCAGAUACAACGACAUGGACUUUAAGUCUCAUUUUCGUCUUUCUAGAAGCACUGUCGAAAGGUUAAUGGAACAGCUUCCUGAACAAAGGACUGGCCCUGGUCGAACAGGACUAAGAGAAACAUCACUACAAACAGUUGUAUUGAUGUCUCUAUGGUUGUUAGGCAAUCAGGAGUCGUUUCGUGGCGUUGCGGACAGAUUUGGAAUAAGCAGAGGACAUGCCUAUAGAGAAUUUGUAUAUUUUAUUAAAACCGUGUCUUCGUUAAGAUCUAAAAUUAUUGUUUGGCCCAAAGGUGAAAAAGCUAAAAGCACCAUAAGGAACUUUGAGACCUUACGAGAUAUAAGCUUUCCAGAUGUAAUUGGAUGUAUAGAUGGAGCCCAUAUAUCGAUAUCAGCCCCAAAAGCAUCAAAAAAUGCAUAUUUUAAUAGAAAGCAGUAUACAUCUGUAAUUCUUCAAGCAGUAUGUGAUUCUAAAUUAUUGUUUACAGAUGUGUUUGCAGGGUGGCCAGGAUCUUCACACGAUUGCAGAGUUUGGAGCAACUCACCACUAUGUGAAGCCCUAGAAAAAAACCCUAUGAUUCCAGAAGGGGCCCAUCUCCUUGGAGAUGGAGCUUAUCCACUUUCUUCAAGUAUGAUGAUACCCUAUAAAGACAAUGGUCAUUUGACAAGGAAAGAGAAACUUUUUAAUCAAAUUUUAAGUUCGAGUAGGGUCGUCAUUGAACAAGCAUUUGGACAAUUAUUUGGGCGAUUUAGAAGACUAAACCAUUUGUUUAUGUUUAGAGUUGAUCGAAUCCCCCAAGUUAUUGUAACAGCGUGUAUUCUGCAUAAUUUAUGUAUUUUAGAGAAUGAUGAAUAUUUAGAUGUGUUUGAUAAUGUUUCUGCAUCAUCUUGGAAUACAACUGUCCCUGUAAAUUUUUCUCAAAGAACAGAAGUGAAUAGAGUUGAUGGAGUAAAAAAAAGAGAACACAUUGCUAAUAGAUUAUUUUUACUGGCAAAUUGUUAACGUAAUUUAACAAACAAAUUUCUCUUAUUAAAAUUGUUUUAUAUAUAAUUAACAUGUA